UUGUUCUAUCUCCUUAAUGAGCAAACUUGAAAAUAUUAUCUUGUUCUAUCUCCAAUCAACCAAUCAUAUUACAAUUACAAAGUUGUUCGGAAUAAUUUUAUCAGUUUUGUUGUUUUCAAAAUGGCAACUGCAAAUAUUGACCAAGAAAUGGAACCUGCCCUAAAUCAAAACGAAGAGCUGCUUGGCAUUACACCUUCUCGUCGGUCGCCCCAUAAUGGGGUUUCUAGGAAACGUAAAGCUGAUAGGAGUAGUUGGAAACAAAGUGUAAGAAAAAUCCAACGUCAGUCGGGUAAAGCUUAUAAAAAUACGAAAGGAGAACAAAUGCCAAAAAGAUCUAUUGUUGCACUAAAAAGUUGCAGAAAUUGUAAAUUUAAAUGUUCUACCAAUAUAUCUGAGAUUGAGCGUCAAAUAAUAUUUGAUAACUUUUGGACCUUAGAUGAUGACGGAAAAAAACAUUUCUAUUGUAAAACUACUGAAAAUCUGGAGAAAAAACGCUGUCGGACAGCUGCUGGUGACAAUUCAAGAAGAAAAACAUCUUAUUAUUAUAGCUUUUUUGUUUCUAAUACACAAUAUAGAGUUUGUAAAUCAUAUUGUCUUUCAACAUUGAAUAUUAGCAGCCAUAGAGUGUUUUACUUUCAUAAGUUUAAUAAAUCUUUAACUACUGGAACACCAUUGCAAUCAAAAUCAGGGAAACAUGUUAAAAAAAGGUUACUAGAAGAGUCUAAACAAGUUGUACGAGACCAUAUUAACCUUUUCCCAAGAAUUGAUGCUCAUUAUAGCAGGAAAAAGACACAUAAAGAAUACAUGGAAGGAUCACUAAAUAUAGGUAGAAUGUAUGAUCUUUAUAAAAUAUAUUGUGAUGAAAAUGUCUCUCCUCCAGCAAAAGAACAUAUGUAUCGUUAUAUCUUUAAUCACGAGUUCAAUAUAGAAUUUCAAAAACCGAAGAAAGAUUUAUGUGACACAUGCUAUGAGUAUCGCAACAUUGUUAAUGCAAGCAAUGAACAAACAGAUAGUUAUAAUAAGCACAUAAAAUCAAGGAAUGAUACCAAAACUGAACAAAAUCCCUCUCUGCUGCAGAAAUAUUUAGUCCACUUGGGCUAGAAAGAGCUAUUAAAAAUGUAAACCGUAAAAAACCUUUCUGUGUUUACCAAAUGCAAUUAGGAGAUGUAAAGAAUUUUUCAGUUGUCGCUGGUUUGUCAAGUUAUAAGUUAGUGCCUUAUUCAAAGGUUAAAAAUCAGAUAAUUAUUCACAAG